AUGUCCUCUCAAGUUCCCAUGAUGAUCGGUGCUCUUCAUAUGACAGGCGUAUUCCGUUUAGAUAACUUGAUACCUACUCGUAUGGAUGCGAUAAACCCGCUUCGAUAUUUCAGUGCGACCAUCCUAGUAACCGACGAUUCUUUUUUGCCGAAAACUAUCUUAAUUGCCGACGACAUGUUUACCCACGCACUGUCUUCCGGCGUCUUAUUUCGCGUCAGCGGGACAGUGCUCAACCGCUUUCAUCAGUACCCCCCCGUACUGUUCCCCGACUACUUAACCUUACCGCCAAGCCCCGUCUUGUACCCUCGUGCUCCCGAUUUCGCGAACGACAUAAACGUCAGGUCUUGGGGCCAAGUAGAAUCAGAAACAUAUCGCGAGGCCUGGCAAAACACGUCGUUGAUAGUCAAACAUGAGGAUUGGGAUCCAUCCGGACUUUGUGUCGGUUCCUUCGUCGCCAAAUACCUCUGCGACAAACCAUGUCUUCGUGAUAUCGAUGCUCACUCAUUGGUUGGUACUAAGGUUCAAAUCGACGGUCGCGUUCGUGGCUUUCGCGAGGGACGUGAUACCUGUGUCAUCACAGUUCGUCUCGUAUUGUAA